AGAGGGUGGUCAUUCAAUGAGAGCCACCGCUGCCUUGAGUUCGAUGUGAUCCUUUUUGCUUGUUCAUCUUAAUCUUUUUGAAUCGAUUGUGUGAGAAGAAAAAGAUCAUUUCUUUGACUUGUCGAUCACUGCGCGGGUUUGACAGGGUCAAAAUGACUCCUUGGCCUAUAAAGAGGCCAGCAGACGGUAUUGGCUCUACUCAUCCCAUUCCAACAUCCAAAGCUCCCGGAGGACUUCCCCACUCAUCAUCCUCCUCCUCUUCUUCUUCUUCUUCGUAGAGAGUUUCUGGUAUGGAUCUUCUGACAGAGGAGCAGAUCAGUGAGUUCCAAGAAGCUUUCUGCCUCUUCGACAAAGAUGGAGACGGGUGCAUCACGCUGGAAGAGCUUGGCACGGUCAUCAAAUCAUUGGGUCAGAACCCGAGCGAAGAGGAGUUGCAUGAAAUGAUCCGGGAAGGAGACUCGGACGGCAAUGGAACCAUAGAGUUCGGGGAGUUCUUGAAUCUGAUGUCCAGAAAAGUGAAGGAGACUAAUGUGGAGGAAGAACUGAAGGAAGCAUUCAAGGUCUUCGACAAAGAUCAAAAUGGCUAUAUUUCAGCUAGCGAGCUGAGGAAUGUGAUGAUGAAUCUGGGAGAGAAGUUAACAGACGAGGAGGUGGAUCAGAUGAUCAGGGAGGCCGACUUGGACGGAGAUGGGCAAGUGAAUUACGAGGAAUUCGUGCGAAUGAUGAUGGCUGUCUGAUGCACAUCCGAAUUCACUCCUUGUGUCUCAAGGAACCACAGUCUAUUAACGUUGUUUUGUCGUAGUAGCAAGUCCAGUCCUAUUUGUCGAUUCUUUUCUUCCCAUUUAUGCAUCGGACAAGUGAUAUUUUCUUGUGAUCUGAUCGAGAAUCCUUUGCGCGAAGGAGAUGUGUGCCAGAGGAGGUGCUCUCGGAAUCACAAACACAAUUUGCUGAGUUUUAUAUUUGUGAUCAAAGCAGAUGACCACUGCAAGUUUAAUCUGAUGACUACUUCUUCCAACAAA